AAGUGGGACGGUUUCCAAGCAAGGAUACGCAGUUCAACACCAUGCAAGUGAUUUAAUUUUAGAUAACGUGCACGUCCUCUUUUGCUAAUUAUUUCAUAAAGGGUAACGCGAGUACACGCUGCGCAUUGCGGUUGACAUAAUAAUGAAAAGGGCAAAUUUUAAAUGCGUACAAUGUAAGAAUUUAACGUUUGAUGUGAUGCGUGUCACUUUUCAAAUUAUAAUCUUAAUACCAAAUUAGAAAACGGUAUCGCAAUAUAGCGAUACGAAGAUCUAUUCGUACCUGCAUUCGGGCAUUGGAUAUUGCUGCAGCUUGUUGAUUCAUAUCUCUUACAGAAAUGAGAAUAUAGAAAGACGAUGCGGUCGCUGGCUUGGACGUCCGGCGAACCUUUGGCUUAAUUGUAGCGUUUAAUCGCGACGGGCGGGUCCCUCGAUUAAUUAUUUAAACCCCCUUAGGCUAAGGUUGAAUUAAUGGAUGUGGCUCCGCAAUGCUACCGCGUUAUCGAUAAUUCUGCAAUUCUGUGAGACCCCUAUUAGACCGUCGGGUGCCAGGAACACGUGCCGAAUAUAGAUAUAACUCGUUUGUACAUCUCAUGUUUACGAUUGCGCUAUUAUUGCCGUUGCUAUUGACGGCUUGUUUUCUCGGCAAACCUUUCGGAGAAACGGAUAACACAGGAUUAAAUUAAUCGAAGUUCGACAGAUUUUCUGAAAAUGUUUCUCUUAAAUCGUCUUCAACUGGGACGAUAACAUGGUUUACUUUUACGAUUUUUUUCUGUAAUCUUUUUGAAUACACCAUGAUUUAAAAAUAGCGGAUAUGGUUAUUUUUCGCGUCAACUUUUCCUUUGCUAAUGGGAUUGCAUCAAGACGAUACCGACCCUUCGAAUAGUCGAUUUGACAUUUUCCAAUUUCGACUCCCGUCAAAGUAUAUAAAAGGUAAUAACCAAAAAUGUUCACGAUUUUCAGGGCAGUUUGGAAAAGGUGACGACCGGGCGCAAAAUAUCACGACAUUACAGAACAGUGACAUCCGCGCGUGUCCUAGAUACUUCAAUUAUUUGCUCUUUGCAUAGUAAAAAACAGGUCAGCUUUAUAAUUAUAAAUUGCGGAGCGGGACAAUAUUUUUGUCAACAGUAAUGGAUUUAUAUCUGAUUCAUAAUUCUUAAAAAAAAAAAUCAUGCGCGCGUUACUGUACGAACAUUACGAGGAAUAUCCGGUGAUCAAGAGACAAAGCACUAUCAUGAUUUCCUCGCGGUGUCGGGGACGCAGCGAUUCGAAGCAAGUCGAACUGAGCUGAGCGAGCCAAUCGUUCUCCUUCCAUUUGCAAAUUAAACGGUCACGUUCUUGAUUUCAAUUCUACAGAAGGCGAUUCCCCUGAGUUUCCAAUGUAACUUGUCUUAAACUCGGGCGACCAGACGUUUAAUCUUAAUCGAUCUACCGCCUUAUCGCGCGGCCGAUGUAUAUCAACAUUUUUCCAUUUCCACCGCUGACAUCUCCAUCGACCUUCCCACCACCUUCGCCUCUAUCUCGUUCAUCCCUGCCGUCCUUCCUCCUUUUAUUCGCGCGUUCUUUUUCUAUUCUACCAUUCUUACCCGUUAUUCCGGCCGUCGAUUUCUUUCCGAUCCUUCUCGCCCCCGUUUUUCCGUUUUACCGCUUUCCCCACAGCCUCGGCUCUGCUACGAUUUCUUACAGAUUCCGCAACUACUCCCGCUCGAAAGCGCGGGCCUCCCCUUUAGCCGCCUCGAAGUCUUAUCUUAAUGGGUUGCCUUGGCAAUCGAAAGUUUAGUUAUUAUCGCGGCCGUUGUCGCCCCGCUUCGCGAACUGUACGCUGGAUCGCGCGGAAGCAUUUUAGGUGGGUAGAUAGAGAGACCGUGGAAAUUACCGGUUUGACACGUACGCAUGACUAUUACGGGCGAAGACAAACUCGGUCUUUUACGGCGAGAACUUACAGUCGCACGAUCGUCAGCAACUCGGAUCACUUGAAAUGAGAAAAACGUUAGCAAGAUCAUUCCAAUUCUUUUUAUUUUGUGUGAUUCGAGAAGUAAACUACGAACUUUCAGUAGAUUGUAACUUUGAAUUGAUUGCGUCGUUGUAAUUAUCAGUUUUCGCGUUUACUUCGAGGGACACGCCUUUAUCAGGGACAGCGUUUCAAGUUUCAAUGAUCUUUCCAUCGUUCACAUAUCGUUAAUGAGACCAGACCGUACACAAUUAUAAUCGCUUCUCUCGCGAAUGUGCCACUCCUUCAGUAUUUAGUCUCCAAACAGGCAGUAAUGAAAUGUUCCCAGUGUUACCGCAACGAGAAUAUACCGUAGAUCUGCUGGUACUAACGUCGACUCAUUAAGAACGUCUCAUUACUGGCGGUAACCGGGUCAAUUACUCAUAAGUUCACUCUUAACGUUCAAGACGUCCUAUGUGACCCUAUGCGAUUCUCAUGGUAUGCAUUAUACAUUUAAUUGCUAUUUUGUUUGACGUAUUUCUGGAAAAAAUUCAUAAAAUUGUGGCCGAAAUGCAAUUUUGAAGCUAUUUCCUCUAUUAAUAAGUUCUGUUAUCUUUCUUUUGAUAAACGAAGAUCGCGUGCGUGUUUCGCAUAAAACUGUCUUCAUUAUGAAAUGACAAAGUUUUAGGUUACUAUAUUUAAAAAAAGAACAAUGCGGAAGUUAGAGUUAUCAAAAGAGGUAAAACAUGAGUAAGAAACGUGCAAUAAAUAUUGCGCUUGUUGGUCGCCACUACGGAAAAAUUGAUAUCGAACGAGUGGGUUUCUUCAGCGAUCCACCACCGGGUCCCUUUGACGUUUAUCGAAAACCCGUAAAAUUUCGUGAAGAUGUUGCCAAAGGGCGCCAGAUUCUCGGUGCACCUCCUAAUCAAUUAUUCGAAAAGAAGUAUGAGCGAAUUUUUGAAGGCGAGGCACUCACGGAGCCGUGGCGCGACGAGGCGAAGCAACGGAUAAAAGAUGAGAAGAGGAAGAUUGGCGGUCGCAUGUUACCGACAUCUCCAUCGAAGAAGCACUCGACGCCCGGAGACUGGUAUGGAUGCUUCGCUAAAUCUUCUUACUUCAGUCCGCAGUUGAAAGUGGAAGCGAGAAAAAAGACGCCGGUUCCACCUAAUAUGAAGAUCAAGCCCAAUCCGCUUGGUGGCCCAGGAUACGCGGAUAUUUGCUUGAGUCCUUAUCCAUCGUACUCUCACGAGCCUUACGAUCGCGUCGGAAGAGUAGUUGGUAAAAAAGUGGUGUCUGAAGGCCGAUUCUUGACGACUAGUGCGCCGUUGGAUUAUUUCCCCCCCAAUCCUUACGGGGAUGAGGAACCAGGGCCCACUUAUGUCCGUCCGGUCGAGAUUGCGAGGAAGACACUCGGUACGGCGCGAUUCUACAUCCCUUUCCCCAAGAAACCCGGCGGAAGUCACGAUGGUUGCUUCAGCAAGUUUCCAGAGUACACGGGCGAUCCUUAUGUUAAGGCUAAGGGUAGAGCUGCCGCUCAGCCCAAGUUUAUAAGCGGCGGGCCAUUUCUACGGUCGAAAUAUACGAACAGUAUUAUCGCGCAGAUAACGAAAAUAUCGUGCAACGCUCGCAAUUAUUCGGAAUAUCGGGAACGAGCGUAUCCUACGCACUGAGAAAAUCUUUUUUAAUUGUACGGAAAUUGAAUUCUUUCAAACUUCUUUUUUUUUCACUAUUAGGAAAAAAUCUUCUUCCGUAAUUAUCAGUCGUACGGAAGUUAAUUAAAAAUAACUAGAUUUGAUAUUACUCUCUUUAUCUUUU